UCCGGAAGUGUUUAGUUUUUGGUAGUGGCGUUUUGUUUAGAAAACGAGCUGAGCGUGUUUUACGUUUUUAGCUUAAAAUUGAUACUUAAAAUAAGUGAAUUGGCUAAGAAUUACACAUUUAUAUUACUUUGACAGGAGAUAUGUCAAGCAGAGGAUGUGAACGAUAACAGAUAACAACAAAAAUCAUACAGCUGAAGAAAUACUUUGACAAUUCUGAAAUACUAAAAUGGCAUUUAGGGGAGACAGAAACAUCAGAGGUGUAUAUGAGGAACGGCUUGCUUUAGAGAGAGGGGGUCCAUAUCCAAGAGGGGCACCUGGGGAAAGGAGACCUCCCUUUGGACGGCCGGACGAAGAGUACAGUCGGGGUUUCGAAUACGAAGGCCCUCGGUUUUACCCAAAUGGUGCCCCUCGUAACUACCACAGAGAAGAUCAAAGGGGGUACCAUGGAGACGGCCAUCACUCAUUUCCGAACGAUCACAGGGGCGGUCCACCUGCUCGAAGGCAGGAGGAUUUUUCAUACUUCAGAGGACCGAGGGACGAACCACAUGCUGGCCGCCAAGUGGACUUUAGGCCGGGCAAUCGACCGGGUCCUCCCCCAAACCCUCGGGCCCAGGGUUCCUACCCUGCACCCAGGACUUUAUCCGCAUUGGGCCCUGAGGCUGGAGAAGACAACCUUAUGCAGGCCAUCAUGAACUUGGACCGGAGUGAGGAACGAGACCCCGUGAGGCGAAAGGCUCCUUUUCCCCCAGUACGUGAUCGUUCUCCGGCCCGUCGCGACGUCCCACCUUCACCCCACAGCCGGUCGGGGUCCAGCAUCAGCAGCCGCAGCUACUCGCCAGAGCGGGCCAAAGCGCACACCUUCCCGCCCCAACCAGCGAAAAAGGAGCCGUACGGUCCAGGCCGAGCUCUAGACAGGGAAAGGCCCCCCGGCCCCUCCGUGAAUGCAUCGCGAGACGGUUCGCCACAUAGCUCCGUAUCGGCCUCCAAGGAGGACAUGACGCCGAUAGAAGUGCCCUUGGAAGAAGCUCUGAAAACAGUAGAGGAAACUUCCUCCGUCAUGGAUGACUUUCAGGAGCGACGAGCUCAAGCUAUUGCUGCCAAGGCUCGGGAAAUUGAAAAGGUGUACCGUCAGGACUGCGAGACGUUUGGCAUGGUGGUGAAGAUGCUGGUGGCCAAGGAACCGAGCUUAGAGAAGCACCUGCAGAGCCCACUGAAAGAGAACCUGAUAGAGAUCCGCGAGCGAUGCCUUGAGGACCUUCGACACUUCAUCGCCGAACUCGACGAGGUCGUACGACAGCCUGAACCUGCCGUCUAAGGUGACGCAGUUGCAUUCGACCAGCAGUUUCGUUUUGUGUUUUCUCUGAGCCUACACAAAAGACCCUCAUUGUUUUUGAUGUAUUAUGCGUUUAUACACGGUGUACUUUGUGCGACAAAUGUGAAAAUGUAAAUUUGUCAUCGAUGCAGUUUCAUUCAUUUGUUGAUGUGUACAUGGGAAAUUUGUAACCUUUCAAGAUUAUGAUUAAUAAAAAAUGAAAUAACGGAUGAGAAAAGCAA